UCUCCAGCCACCGCCUAACGCCACGUUUGACACUUCACAACAAUACACACAACAUAAUAUAUCGAUAAGCCACGUUUACUCUCUCCUUUAGCUACUGUUUUUGUCCUUUUUCUUUUCUCUUCGUCUCCUCGCACCAUCUUCUUUUCUUCUUCAUCAUCUUCUUCAACCCAAGCACGCAGGCCUUCUUUCUCUCAAUCUCUUUGUUGACGUGGGUUCUUUUUGAAAUUCGGUGAUGGGAGAUGAAAUGAGAGUACCAUCCACACCAAACAACAUCAAUAACCAUGAUACUACUCAUCAAAGCACCACCGAUCAGCCUCAGGUGGUCGGCUUGUACCCUCUGAGUUGCUACUACUUUGGAUCCACCCAACCUCUUUCUUUCAAGGAUGAGACGUUAGCUGAUCGUGUUCAGAGAUUCAAACUCAACUAUGCUGCUCAUGGGUUGAGAACUCGUGUUGAAGGGAUUCUUUUGGUUGAGUUGUUCAAGCAUCCCCACUUGUUACUGCUUCAAGUAAGAAACUCCAUCUUCAAGCUCCCUGGUGGUCGGUUAAGACCAGGUGAAUCAGAUAUCGAUGGAUUGAAACGCAAGUUGUCUAGGAAACUUUAUGUCAGUGAAGAUGGUAAUGAAUCUGAUUGGGAGGUGGGAGAAUGUGUUGGAAUGUGGUGGAGACCUGAUUUUGAAACCCUGUUAUAUCCGUCCUUGUCACCUACUGUGAAAAAACCAAAGGAAUGCAUAAAACUCUUCCUCGUGAGGUUACCAGAGAGUCGAAAGUUCAUUGUGCCAAAAAACCUGAAAUUGCUUGCAGUCCCUUUGUGCCAAAUACAUGACAAUUACAAGACAUAUGGACCAAUAAUAUCAGGAAUUCCCCAGCUGUUAUCUAAAUUCUCCUUCAACAUAAUUGAAUGUUAAAGUUAUAAUAUGGACUACGAGGUAUGUGAUCUAGAGGCUGUAUGGCCUGCCUGGCGUGGGUAAAAAGUUUCAGAUACAGGGUUGUAGACAUAUAUAUAUAUAAAUGUAUAUGUAUUGUUCAAAAUCUUUGAAGAUCUAAAAGGGGGUGCAAUGGAAGAUGAAGAACAAGAUUAUUAAAUGUUAAGCACAUGUUUUGAAUUACUCUUUUUUUGAAUUAAGUGAAAAAUAGAGUGUAAUGAAACAUCUCCAUAGACAGUUUUUUGCUUCUGUGAUUGCGGGUACAUCCUUAUUAUGACCGUCGUCUCUCUUUGGAUGUACAUGGAUUUCAUUAUCAAUCCACGAGUUCUUAUACCAA